CCCUGUCUCCCUCCUUAUAAAUUUCCCAAACCCUAAAACUCUCACUCUCACUCCACUCGCUCUCAUGGCGCUCGACGCAAUGCACACCUCACUCCCCUCCCUCGCCGCCGAUCCUCCUCCGCCGCCGCCUGCUAAGGCCUCCAGGGGCGCGAUGAGGUCGGCGCACGUCAGAGGCGCGAUGAAGAUGAAGAAGAAGAAGGCGGCGCAGGAUGGCGGCGAAAUGAAGGAGGAGGCCGCGAAAGGCGGCGGCGGAGGUCGGAGGUCAAUGUCGACCAAGGAGGGGCGUUUCCGCGGCGUGAGGAAGCGGCCGUGGGGCCGAUACGCCGCGGAGAUUCGCGAUCCCUGGACCAAGUCCCGCAAGUGGCUCGGGACCUUUGACACUGCUGAGGAAGCGGCGCGUGCCUAUGACGACGCCGCUCGGGGAUUCCGCGGCGUAAGGGCCAAGACGAAUUUCGACAAUCCGGCUCCGCCGCAGCAGCACGCGCUCGUGAUCGGGGGCAAGGAAGUGCUCUGGACCCCUCCGGUGCGCAAGAACGACUCUGUUCCGGCGCCGGCGGCUCCGGUGAGGUCGGAGUAUAAGGGUUACAAGCUGGAGAAUUUGGGCCCGGUGGUGAGCGAGCAGGAGAAGAAGAUGAAGUUGGCGGCGGAGAGCAAGAAGAAGCCGUUCCAGUUUGAUCUGAAUCUUCCGGCGCCGUCUUUUUGAGCCGCCGCCGGAGAGGUCCGUUCUAAUUCCAUAUUUGCCCCUCGCGGUUACAUUUAGUUCCUUUUUUUUUUUAAUUUCCCCACAGCCACAGUGUCUAUACAGUUCUCUUCUUGUAAAAACAAAAUGGAAUA